AGCAGGCUCAGCUCUAUAUCGGCCUCCCCCCAGCGACCAGCAGUAUCCCCGCUCUCAACCCCACUGCUCCUCCAUUUCUCCAGAUCAACAAAUCUAGAAAGUUUCCAUCAUCCUCUUUUUUCAUCCCUUCAGUUUUGAUGGCGACGAGGAAUCGGACGCCUAUCUACCGGAAGUACCGUGAUGCCCUACGGCAGGUGCGUUCGCCGGCGUCAUCGUUACCAUCGACGUCCUCAGGCGGCGGCGUGGGAAGAGGCACCGGGCCGGUGAUCGGGAUGGUGAGCACGUCCCUUCUGAGACAGGAUCGGUCCUAUGCUCCUCUCAGCACGGAGGAUCCCGCCAGUUCUAGUAAUGGAGCACUUACAUUUGGUUUACCACCGGCUUGGGUGGAUAUUUCUGAGGAUAUAUCUGCAAACAUGCAACGUGCUCAAACAAAAAUGUCACAAUUAGUAAAGGCACAUGCAAAGGCUCUAAUGCCAUCUUUUGGAGAUGGGAAAGAUGACCAGCAUAUGAUUGAAGUUCUUACUCAGGAGUUGACAGAUUUGUUAAAGAAAUCUGAGAAGAGAUUACAGAAACUUUCUACAAGUGACCCUUCGGAAGAUUCGGUUGUUCGAAAAAAUGUUCAGAGAUCGUUAGCAACUGAUCUUCAGAAACUCUCCAUGGAAUUCCGUAAGCAUCAGUCGUCAUACUUAAAGAGGCUCAGGCAGCAGAAGGAGGGUUCAGAUAGCAUUGAUUUGGAGAUGAAUCUAAACGGUGGUAGUCGGUUCAGACCUGAGGAUGAGGAGUUCUCUGAUACGGGCUUUGAUGAGUUCCAGAUGUCAAAGCUGAAAAAAAGCGAGGUUUUCACAAAAGAGAGGGAGAAAGAGAUCGCUCAGGUCGUAGAAUCUGUUAAUGAUCUUGCCCAGAUCAUGAAGGAUCUUUCUGUUCUUGUUAUAGAUCAGGGAACAAUCAUUGAUCGCAUUGAUUAUAACAUUCAGAAUGUUGCAACUUCAGUGGAAGAUGGCUAUAAACAAUUACAAAGGGCAGAGAGAAGCCAAAGAGAAGGGGGAAUGGUUAUGUGUGUAACAGUCCUUGUUCUAAUGUGUUUUGUCAUGCUUAUUCUUCUAAUUCUGAAGCAUAUAUUCUUCUAAAUUUCACUAUCCCAGCAGGAAAAAAAACACUAUUAAUUGCAAUUUUAAAUUUUAUAUCUAUGAUUGGUAUUAAAUGACUAGUUUUAUUUUACAUUCUUGACCUUGCUCUUACUGAUUUUGUGAA